UAAAAGAGAACUGAGUGUAAUUUGCUGUUUUUACAAAGAUAUAUUUUCUCAAGAUGUGAAAACAAAAUUGUUUACAUCAGGAACUUUGUAUUUUCUUCUUUAUUUGUGUAUAACUAUGCCAAGAGGACGUGCCAAAAACUUAAAUGCAGAGGGAGAUGGGUUUAGCCAACCAAGUGCCCCUACAAAAAGAAGGAAAAAAUCAAGGGCCAGUCCUGGUACUCCCGACAUGAUCCCGCCACAGAUGGCAGGGGGGAGCUAUGGCCCAAUGGGGAUGCCGGGCAACCCAAUGGAUGACCCCCGCAUGUACGCAAACUCAAUGCCAUACUCACCUAACUCCAUGCAGGAGAUGGGCAUGUACAACAUGGGCCCAGGAAUGGGGCCCGGCCCAGGCAGGGGAGGACCCAUGCCUGGCAGUCAGAGCCCCUACCAGUAUGGUCCAGGGGGUCCUCAAGGCGGACAUCCAGGCCCCGGACAUAGCCCCAUGGGGCCUGGUCAUCACAUUAAUCAUCGCAUGCCCCAGCCUGGCCAGAUGUCAACUUCCUCUAUGGGUAACGGCAAAACUUACCCAACAUCUGCAUCUAUGGUUUUCAACCCAUCCAACCCGAAUGCUCCACCGAUAUAUCCGUGCGGUAUCUGUCACAAGGAGGUGCAUGACAAUGACCAGGCGAUCAUGUGUGAGAGUGGAUGUAACUUUUGGUACCACCGCGGCUGUACUGGGCUCUCUGAGGCUGCCUUUGUCAUGCUCACACAGGAGGCGUACGCAGAGUGGGCCUGUGACGGCUGCCUCAACUCCCGCAACAUUCCCCUUGUCAAAAUAAAGUCAUAGAUAAUCUUUGUUGUACAAUCAUUUUCAUAAUUGUUCUUUUACAUUUCAUGGAUUGCAUCUUGUUAGUAACCAUGGUCCUUCAUGUUGUCUUUUUUGUUGUAAUACUUUUAAUUUCAUGUCAUUUUAUGCUUAUGUGGUAUUUUAUCAGAUCUUAGAUACAUAAAAAAAUAAUCAAACAAAUGUAAUAGCAAAGACAUAUCGUUUUUAUCACUAUGUUUGCGUAUUUCACAUGCUGAAUACAGUCAAGAAUAUCUUACAACUUUUCUCAAAUUUGAAAUGUCUUGAUUUUUUAAAAGAUAUUUAUCAUUAUUGUCUGUCUGCCCUGCUGUGCAGUACUAAAUGAAAGAACAUGGAAACUGAUCUGACAGACAGAAUAUGGAUUAAAGGCCUUUGUUUCAUCAUUUAUGUUUAUAUUGUAUAUAUGCCAGCUAUACUUCUUCAAGUGAAUGUCUGAAGGAGCUCGGAUGUUAUCUUUAUGAAAUUGCUUAUCGUAAAUAGGAAAAUGAGCUUAAUGAGCUUUUGCAAUCAUUAGCUUUAUUUGCAUAUGUUCGAUAUGAUCAGUUUUCUAUAUUUCAUUCAAAAGUCCAAACGGUAAAAUAACUUUAAGAUUAUUAAUUAUAAAAUAUAUAUUUUUAUGUGUUUUAUUUAUUUUUAUUUUAACAUAGUUUCCCCCUAUGCAUCAAAUACAGCUUUUUUGAUUAGGUGUAUUUUAUAUGAAAACACAGCUUAUAAAAGUAUUUUGUUCAAUUCAAGGGGGCAAUCAAAGAAACUCCCUGGUCAUUUAUAUCUUGACUCUGUUACAUAAACUCAAUAACUGGAAUGGCUGUUAAAUGAGAUUUAAAUGAGAUAAUAGACAUGAUUUACUUCUCCUGUACAGCUGGUUUGAUUAGUGUUAGAAAUAGUCAGUAGCUGGUAUGUCACCUGAAAAAUCUCAAUAAAACAAUAUGAAUUCAAUAUCUAUAUAAAAACGUUGAUAUUUAAUUUAACCUUUCACCAAACUGUUUCAUCAUUUCUACUCAGGGGCUUAUAUGACGUUGUUUAACUGACAAAGCUCUAGUCUUAACUUAGGGAGGCAUAUAGAGUGACCCUUGUCCAUCUGUAGACCUAAUACUGGUUCAAUUUGCCCAAACCUUCUGAUCGCGCAAAUUGAAAACCGGGUUUUCAGUGCAUUACGUCGUGUAUAGUUUUCUAUUUUGAAAAAGAAAUCCAUUGCUUGAUAUUUGUAGUAUAUAUAUAUUUUAUUUUGUUCAGCUUCAUUUUACAAUAUUUAGCUUUUGCAUUUUAUUAUAUUCUUUUGUACACUUACAUAUCACUAUAUUGUUGCAUUUACCUUGUUUUGACUGUUAGAUAUUUUUGGUGACUAUUUUACUAUGUAUUUAAUUGUUGAAGAAAUUUUAAGCUUAUUUGCUUUUCCAAGGAACUGUAAGGUAACUGUGUUUUGUGACUUUAGAAGGAUCUUAAAAAAAUUCUGUAAUAAAAUUGACAUAAUGUAAUCAAGCGUUGGCUGUGAAAAGCAUGGAAAGUGUAAAUAUCUUCUUUGUCUUGACCUUUGAUGUAUAGCAACGCGAAUUGGCCAUUAGUGGUACUCUACAAAUUGUAUAAGUCUUUUCUCUUGAAUUAUUUUAAAUUUAGGACUUCUAUGUAACGAGAAAUCAUUUUAAGUUAUAAACCUAGACAUACUGUUUGUCAAAGUUGUGCCCUUGUCACAUUUGUAACUAUAAUUGGUACCUUGUGUAGAGACCUUAUACAUGUUUUUGUUAUAUUACAUUUGAACACUCGAAUGAGCUAUCAUUUUAGGCGCCAAUUUAGACAUGUUUUAAAUCUUGAGGUAUUUCAAUUUUUAACAGCUUUUAUGUUUAAAUGUUUUGUUUCUGUGUAGAAAUCCUUGAAAUAACAUUCCUUUUUGUUGCCAUAAAGAGUUGCUCACUAUAAAUUAAUGUUGUGUUUACUGCUGUAAGAGAUAUAGCUCACAUUCUUCAGCUCUUCUGUGUUUCAGAAUAGAAAAGUUGAGGAACGAUCAUAGCCUUGGCGUCAUUGUCCCCAUCAAUGUCUUGCAGGACAUUAAUGUUGGAUUUACCAAAAAGUUUUUUUAAAUAUUCAUUUGAAACUUGGUACACAUGGUCAUAAACAUUUCACACCUGUACAGCUUAGUCCAUAUCUCGAGCUUCAAUAAUUGUUGAGUUAUUCCCCUUUUUUCACUGAAAAACAACAGGCGUGUGUUCACUGAACAACAGCAGACGUGUGUUCACUGAACAACAACAGGCGUGUGUUUGCUCUGCGGAGCUCCUGUUAACACUUGGAUGUAGACAUGUUUUUGUACUUUGUAGUUUGUACUGUAUAUUUUAUAGUCUUCAAAAAGUAGUUCCUUAUCUUAUUCACACGACAGAUACCAUUGUGUUAAGUAACAUGUGUUUUAAGAAAAAUGGCAUAAUAGUAUACAUGUACAUAUUCAUUUUACUUUGUGUGUGACACUAUUGUACAUAGCAUUUAGUCUAAAGGACAAAUGGAUGUGAACAGUUGUGUAGAUCUGAAUAACUAUUUUCAUUUGUCAAGCCAUUUGACUUUCUUUAAUUGUUACUACAUUUAUACAUAGAGACUUUCUUGUAGUUGUUGUUUGUGGUAGUACACUCUUGUUGUGUAUAAUGAAAUAAACGUCUUUUUCGGAA